ACACACCAGCAGAGGGGGGUAGAGAGCCAUCCAGCAGGGGGUGCCUCUUCCCCAGCACAGGAGGGGUGUGCAGGAGGGUGACCUGUGCUGGUGGCAGGCUGGGUGGAUGUCCUCAGCUGCAGAGAGUGAUGCUCCUUCCUCCUCCUCCCCCCAUUCAGCACACACAGGAUGCCGGCUCUGCUAUUGCAUGUGGCUGACAAGUCCUCCUCCUCAUCCCCUUGUCUGACAACAGAGCCAGCUGAUGUGGAGCCUCUCCCCUCCUGCACCCCCCUGGCCGGCUGACAAAGGACCCCAGCCCCCCCCCUCCUCUCUGUCACCAUGUCACCAUGGACUGCUGUCAAGCUGGACUUCCUCCACCACAUCUCCAUCCUUUGCUUCGUUAAUGCCAUGUCCCCGGGAUGGGUAGAUACCGCUUUCCCCUUUACAGCUGCGUGUAGCGGUAAACUGGAGCAGCACACUGAGAGGAGAGGGGUGAUCUACAGUCCAGCGUGGCCACUCAACUACCCCCCCACCAUGAACUGCAGCUGGUACAUCCAGGGAGAUCACGGGGACGUCAUUACAAUAAGCUUCAAGAACUUUGACCUUCAGGACUCUCACAAGUGCUCUGUGGACUGGCUCCUGAUUGGCCCAUCUUCAAAGCGAGAAGAGUACAAAGUAUGCGGCUCCACCAUGCCUUCCGCCUUCACCUCCUCCCGGGAUCACGUUUGGAUAUUCUUCCACUCGGACGCCUCCAGUUCCGGACAGUCUCAGGGGUUCCGGCUCUCCUAUAUCCGGGGUAAAUUGGGACUGAGUUCCUGUCCGUCGGAUGAAUUUCUCUGCGGAAACGGCAAAUGCAUCCCAAGCACCUGGAAGUGUAACGCCAUGGACGAGUGCGGGGAUAACUCAGACGAACGUAACUGCACGCCGCCAUCUACAGAGAUCCGCACCAGCCUCUGCCCCCUGGGGACCUUUCCUUGUAACGCGGCCGGCACCACACAGUGCAUGCUCAACGAGCUGCGCUGCAACUCCGUGAAGGACUGCAUCAGCGGCGCCGACGAGGAGAACUGCCCCGAGCUGUCGUGUGGCGGGAAGCUCAGCAACUUCUACGGCUCCUUCGCCUCGCCGGACUUCUUCCGGCCGGACCGCGGCCACUCGGAACUACAGUGCACAUGGCACGUGGACACGGAAGAUAACCGCCACGUCAUCCUGCAGAUCGACCUGCAGCUGGGGUACAGCGACUUCGUCAGGGUGUACGAAGGCAUCGGCGAGAGGAGCGAAAAACUCCUCCAAACGCUUUCCUUCCGAAACAACCGCCACACGGUCAGCGCCGAGUCCCCCAAUGGCCGGCUCACGCUGACGUACCGUGCGCGCCCGAAGAGCAUGGGCCACGGGUUUAACGCCACUUACCAAGUGAAGGGUUACUGCCUCCCCUGGGAGCAUCCGUGCGGAAUGGACGACAUAUGCUACUCGGACAGUCAGAACUGUGACGGGUGGUGGAACUGCCCGAAUGGCAAAGACGAGGAGAACUGCCCGGCCUGCCAAAACAACGAGUACCCCUGCGAGGGGGGCAGCGGCUUGUGCUACUCUAACCUGGACCGCUGCAACAACCAAAAAAACUGCCCUGAUGGCUCAGAUGAGAAAAACUGUUUCACGUGCCAGCCUGGCAACUUCCACUGUGGCACCAAUCUAUGCAUCUUCGAGACUUGGCGCUGCGACGGGCAAGAAGAUUGCCAGGAUGGGAGCGACGAACAGAACUGCCUGGUUAUCGUACCGCGAAAGGUCAUCACAGCGGCGCUGAUCGGCAGCCUGGUGUGUGGACUGCUGCUGGUGGUCGCCUUGGGUUGUGCGUUCAAGCUCUACUCGCUAAGAAGCAGGGAAUACAGGGCAUUCGAAACUCAGAUGACCCGCUUGGAGGCGGAGUUUGUAAGACGUGAGGCUCCUCCUUCUUACGGGCAACUUAUUGCUCAAGGGCUUAUCCCACCUGUUGAGGACUUUCCAGCUUUCAGUGACUCUCAAGUCUCCAUGUUGCAGAACAUCCGCACAGCCAUGAGACGUCAGAUGAGGCGUCACUCGUCCAGAAGGGCCUCUUCCAGGAGGCGUUUAGGUCGGUUGUGGAACAGAUUAUUCCACCGCCCUCGGGCGAGAGGCCAAAUCCCCCUCCUGAGCUCGUCGCUUCUUUCCCGGUACGGCGACCCGGACGCUGGGAUGGGGGAGGAGAACUGCUGGAGCCCAUCGACGCCUCCAGAAAGACUCAACACACACACACAAACCAGCGGCCAGGACGGAGGAGAAAGCCCCGAACUGGCGGUUGGCCAGCAUGAACUGGAGAUCGCGGGUCGGCUCCCUUCAAAUGCACUUCAGGAGGCGCGCUCUGGAGGAAGCGCUCAACCUGAAGUGGAAUGGUCCACGGCCCGUUUGGACUCUGAAAACAGCCGUGGUUACUUGAAUCCAGCCAUAAGGGAAGAUGCGGGGGAUCGGACGCCGGCUGGUCCCUCGGAUACGUUUUACAUGGUGCCUGUACCGGAAAGGACUACUGCUGGUCCCAGCGUUGCAUCUAAUAGCCAUCAAUUCAACAGGAAACACUUAAAAUUGCCUUUGAAGUACUCAGACAGCUUAUUGAAUGUCCAGAUUCAGGGGAACGAGCCGCCAUGUGGCUGCGCGACUUCUUGCCAGGACGAGCCCUUGGGCGUACACGUGACUUGCCAUCCGACAACCCCGUCAGCCUCUCACCCGCUGUCGGAGAGCAGCCCAAGUGACGAUGACUCUUUACUCAAUUGCUGAUGUCAUUUCCUCCCAUUUAGGCUUUUUUAUAUGGCGGUACGAUGUGCAACUGGGUCAUGUGACAUGUUGUAACCCAAAGCAGCCAAUCGGCAUCCAAGAUCCUGCAGCUUGAAGUGUUUCCCUCGCCCAAGACUUUUUUCUAUUUUUGGACAGAGUAGGCCCCCUGGUCUUACCCCAUUACUUCCUGUCCAAGAGACACAUCAGGAAGGAAGAGGAAAUCAUACGAAGAAGAAUUCCUCUCUUAGACCAUUGUCACCAGAACAGCUGUCCCCACUAGAGGUUUUUCCUGUUUUUGUGACAACUGUGACAUUUUUGGUUUCCUAUCACUUUCUUUACCAGUGGCUAGUGAUGAGCUAAUGUUUGGGCCAAUCCCAAGAGAGUUUGUCACAUGGUAGCAGGCUUCCGGCCCAAACAGCUGCAGACGUGCAUCUAACAAGGGGGCAAGGGUGAUGUUGGCAUUGUUGUCCUAAUAUGGCCACUUAACCAUAGUCAAUGACAUUGUCCAAAUACACCCAUGUGGCUACAUUAGGUCAUUGAUGUUCAAAUACGGCCAUUGACCAAAUAUGUCUAUGAGGUCAUAUUAAGUCAAUGAUGUCACCAGCAUCCCCAGCCCUUUGUUAUGUACGGCUGUGGGGUGGUGAUGCUUUUGACAUCAUUGACCCAGUAUGGCCACAAAACCAUAUUUGGUCAUUGACCAGCAUCUCCACCCCUUUGUUAAGUGUGGCUGUGAGGGGGUAGAAAAUGAUGGCAUCAUUGACCUAAUAUGGCCCUAUAGCCAUGUUUGGUCAAAGACAUUGUCCAAAUACACCCAUUUGGCUACAUUAGGUCAAUGAUAUCCAAAUAUGCCCAUUGACCAAAUAUGUUUAUGAGGCCAUAUU